UUACGCAUCGCCUGCGCGAGCUUGUUAGCAUUCGUCCCCAAGCGGUUGGUUUCACACCGGCAACGAAGCUGGUCCGGUGGGGUUGCAUCAAUUGACAGGAUUUUAAAUUAUGUACAACAAUAGCAACUGGCUCCAAUGACAUGACGUGGUGGAGCUCCGAGUGCAUGGCCAGACGGUUUUGUGUUCAGCAGGCGGCUCCACUGCUCCAGGCGCAGCGCCCCAUUGCCAUAGAGGCUAGCAUUUAGGGCUUUUACAUUGUGCUUGCCCGAUGGGGCCCGGGAACGCGGAUUUGCCAUAUUUCUUGGACUCCAUCGUGGCGGAUUUUCUGCGCCUGCUACACGCUGUCGACACGUUCCCGCGGGGUGGGCUCUACUCGGGCUAUUACGCCAUUCAGGCAGCGCAGCGCUAUGAGCGCUACUGGACCGCGGUGUUAAAGACUCGGCCCGUGGGCAAGGGCGGUGCGGCAAUCCUGCCCCCGCUGGAUGUGGCAUACGCAUGGCUGGUUCACCGGCAGGACCCGGCCGGCUACAAGUCCGCCAUGACGGCCCUGGGCGUGGCCAAGCCGCACCCCGCCAGUGCGGAACAGGCUUUUGGGUUCUCAGUCGACCGCGCGGACCGGACGGAGUGGAAGAAGGUGGCGAAAGAGCACCCACAGUGGCCACCGCCGGCCCCGGGCUCCCUCUAUGAUGUGGAAAGCGAGUAUCAGAUACACGGCAGUAGUCCCCGCAACGCCACGGGCCUGGCCAACGCCAUGGUCCACUUUUCGCGGCUGUUGCACACCUGGCUGCGGCCGCACUUCCUGGACAGCGCCUUCCUGCAGCGGGCGUGGGGCAGGUUCGCCAAGUUCCUGCGCCUGCACAUAGCGCACCCGCAAGAGGUGCUGGUGCCGGCGGCCGACAUCGCGCUCAUCUGGCACACCUACCUCGGCCUCAAUGACCGGUACGAAGAGAUGUGGGUGCUGAUGUUCAAACGCCUGCAAAAGGACAGCCCGCUGCAGCAGCUGCCGGCGGAGCUGUGGCGGCCCGACUACCUAGCCCUGUCGCCCGACAUGCGAGCUGAAGCGUACGGCAGAACCGCGGUGCUGUACCAGCAGAUGUACGGCGAGCCGUACGACGACCCGGAUACGGCGUGGAUUGCGCCCGAGGUGCCGUACCCGCUGGCGGCGCCCGGGAGCCCCGUGGCUGCCUACUUGUGUGUAAUGGAGGACGCCCCGAAGCCGAGUGCGCACUACCUGGGCACAGGGCGGGCAGAGACGUUGUUUGGCAAGGGCCAGUCCUGGGCAAGUAGUGCCAAGGUGCCGCGCGCCGGCGCACACGCGCUGUACCUGGCGUGGCUCAUGUCGAGCCGCGCCGAGCACUACUAUGACAACGCGGGCUACCAGCGGUGCUGCCUACCAAGCAAGGUCGUGCGCACCAAGUACACCAAGGCUCUGUCCACGGCCGUGGCGGCGGUGGUGUCGUGCGCCUACUUCCUGGACCUGCCCGCGACAUCCAAGCACCCCUACCUCCGUUGCAUCAACGUCAGCAACAGGCAGUGGAAGCCGCCGUACACUGCUGCAGGCGCGACGGCGGCAGCGGCCAGCAGUACUAGUGCCGCCGCCGGGCAGCAGCCGCCACAGCCACCAGCGCCGUCGCCACAGUCACAGGCGCUGCAGCAGCAGCCCGCCGCCGGCGGCGGCUUCUCGCCUAUCGAUGUGGAGCUGCUCCUGCGCCCCAGCAGCCAGGAACACCUGCUGAUAGGGCUGAAUCAGCUGCUGCAACUAGAUGGCGGCGGCGGCAGCAGUGGCGGCAAAGGUGGCGGCGGCAAAGAUGGCGGCGGCGGCGCAGGUGCAGCAGGAGGGGCCCGGGGCAGUGUGGCGCUGCUGUGGAGCAUCUUGGGCGACAAGGCCGCCGCCGAGCUCGCGCAGCUGCUGUUCAGGAGCGCAUGGAAGACGGCGAUUGCCACCAGUGUGGGGCACAUGCAGCGGGAGUAUGUGCACAAGAAGUUCAACGCACGUGACCGCGACUGCGUGUAUUACUACGGCACAACUGACUACUACCACGCAGGCAUGCUGUACUACGCGUACGGGGCGGAUGGCUACGCCUUCGAUGAUCCGCGGCGCAAUCAGUUCGAUGGAUCCAUUAUGGCUGUGGGCGGCGGUGAUGGCGGCGGCGGCGGCGGCGGCGGUGGCGGUUGGGGUGGCGGCUGGGGCGACGGUGGCGGCGGAGGUGGGGGAGGCGAGGGCGGCGGUGGCGGUGGUGGUGGUGGUGGUGGGUGCGGCGGGUGCGGCGGCGGAUAGACCGGUUUUGAUUGGCUGGCGGAAUGUGCGUUGGCUGCUGCAUGCGUGUCCCAAUAAUGUUGCACGCGGGGAUGUGUCUUUGAAUCAGGAGAGCACACACGCCGGUGAGGGGGCCCUGCUGGACACAAGAAUAGAAGCAUAUAGAAAGACACCCCGUCGUGCGCGAGUUUUCCGAAGAUGCGUAGGAAAAAAAAGGCAACCACCACGGGAUGUCGGAAGAGGGCGCGAGUU